UAUCAACAUGCGGGAUGGAAGUAUUGACUGUAGCCAACGUGUGAAGUGAGAAAAAGUAAUUCAUAUCACAUUAGCUGCCAGAUAUAUGUGUUUUGGCAUAUACUUUUGGAAAUAUGGCGAACACCAACCUCCAGUUCAAAACUAAUUAUGCAGUUUCUAGCAAGAUCGAGCCUUUUUACAAAGGAGGAAAAGUGCAGGUCAGCAAAGAUGAACAGUACAUCUUCUGCACUUGUGGAACUCGUGUCAAUGUUUUGGAGAUCAGCACAGGGAAGAUCGUUCACAGCAUCGAGCACGAUGAUCAGGAAGACAUCACAUCAUUUGCACUCAGCUGUGAUGAUGAGCUUCUGGUCACCGCCAGUAGGGCUCUGCUGCUGAAGCAGUGGGACUGGAGGCAAGCUCAAUGUACUCGCUCCUGGAAAGCCAUUCACAUGGUCCCGGUAGCCAGUAUGACCUUUGACUCCACAUCCACUCUCCUCGCCACAGGAGGCUGUGACGGCACUAUUAAGAUCUGGGAUGUGGUGAAACAAUACUGCACACACAACCUCAAAGGAUCGUCAGGCGUUGUACACCUUGUAGAGUUCCACCCAGAUAUCAACCGGCUGCAGCUUUUCUCCUCCUCUUUGGACUGUGGCAUUCGGCUGUGGGACCUGCGCUCUAGUGAGUGUAUUUGUGUCCUGCAGAGCCACUACAGCGCUGUGACCUCUCUCAGCUUCAGCGCCGAUGGUGACACCAUGGUCAGCUCUGGUAGAGAUAAAAUCUGCACAGUGUGGGACCUGCAGACCCGGAAACCCAAGAGAACUGUACCUGUAUAUGAGGCUGUGGAAGGGGUUGUACUGCUGCCUGAGAGUAAGGACUUUUCUGAGAUUGAAGUAAAGAGCAAGGACUUACAUUUCAUCACAGCUGGAAGCAAAGGUGUGUUGAGAGUAUGGGAGGCCAGCACCGCACGCUGCAUCUACACCCAGACGCUCCCUUCCACUCUCAGCCUUGUUUCUGAUGAGGGCGAAGACCAGGACGACAACCCCCGCAGUCUGACGUACCUGCUCCACCUGCCGGCAUCCUCCAGACUGGCUACAGUUACUGCUGAACACAAUAUACUGCUCUACCAGCUGCCUGCUCUCACCACACAGCAGCAGUUUGUUGGUUACAGCGAUGAAGUGUUGGAUGUGAAGUUCUUGGGAAAAAAUGACAGUCACAUUGUGGUGGCCACCAACAGCUGUCAGCUCAAAGUGUUCGAGCUGCAGACAAACAGCUGUCAGAUUCUCUACGGACACACAGAUACUGUCCUCUCAUUGGAUGUGUUCAAGAAGGGCUCUUUGUUUGCAAGUUGUGCAAAGGACAGGUCAGUGCGUGUGUGGCAGAUGGAUGCUGAUAGUGGUCAGGUGCACUGUGUUGCACGUGGUUCAAGCCACACCAAUGCUGUGGGCUCCAUCACCUGCUCCAGGAUGACGGCAUCUUUCAUAGUGUCUGGCAGUCAGGAUUGCACUGUGAAGGUGUGGGAUCUGCCUGCGGAUUUGUCAACCACAGGGACAGAUGUGUAUGAGCUGACUGUACGCGCCACUGAGAAGGCACAUGAUAAGGAUGUAAACAGUGUUGCAGUAUCACCUAAUGACAAACUGCUGGCUUCAGGGUCUCAGGACCGCACGGCUAAGCUGUGGUCUUUGGCAGGCGAAGGGAGCCUGAGCCUGCUCGGGGUGUUUCGGGGCCAUCGUCGGGGGGUUUGGGCUGUCUGCUUCUCCCCCGUCGAUCAGGUGCUGGCCACCUCAUCUGCAGAUGGCACCACUAAGCUCUGGGGUCUGCAGGACUUCAGCUGCCUCAAGACAUUUGAGGGGCAUGACGCAUCAGUUUUGAAGGUCAUCUUUGUGAGCCGAGGCACUCAGUUACUCACAAGUGGCUCAGAUGGUUUGGUAAAGCUGUGGACCAUAAAAACCAACGAGUGUGUGAAGACCCUGGACGCCCACCAGGACAAAGUGUGGGGUCUCCACAACAGCCGCAAAGACGACAAGAUGGUGACGGGGUCUGCAGACUCAAAUAUCACUGUGUGGGAAGAUGUGACAGAAGUGGAGCUGGCAGAGGAGCAGGCUAAGCAGGAGGAUCAGAUACUCAAGCAGCAGGAACUGUCCAACCUCCUCCAUGAGAAGAAGUAUUUCAAAGCCCUGGGUCUCGCCAUCUCGCUGGACCAGCCUCACACUGUCCUGACUGUUAUCAAAGCGAUUCGUCAGGGAGCAGAAAACCAAGAGCUGCUGGAGAAAACAUUGCUGAAACUUCGACUGGAUCAGAAAGAGUCUCUGCUGCGCUUCUGUGUGGUUUGGAACACCAACGCCAGGAACUGUUUGGAUGCCCAGGCUGUCCUACAGGUUCUCCUUACACAUGUACCACCUGAGGAGCUGCUGCAGUACCAGGGCGCCCGAACGCACCUCGAGGGACUCAUCCCAUACACAGAGAGACACAUGCAGAGAAUUGGGCGUUUGCUGCAGGCGUCCAUGUUCCUGAACUACAUGUGGCAGAAGAUGAGAGUGGCAGGAGCCCCAGUCAGCAUCAGCCAGGAUGAAGAAAUGGACACCACUCCUCUUGCACCGACACAGCCUUUCUUCACGAUCGACAAGGAGAGGGGCAAAGGAAGUGGAGGAGAGGAGAGACCAGACGACAGGGAUGACAGUGGCAGUGAAGAAGAUGAAGAUCCAAACUGCUCGGUCGAGGAUGACCAAGAGGGCGACGAUGAGGUCAGUGUCACCAAGAAAGCCUCGGCGAAUGAGCGAGUAGAAAACGGAGAGAGCACCCAAACAAAUGGCAAUCAUCAGUCAGAAAGUGAGGACAGUUGUGAAGAGGAAGAGCCGGAGGAAGACCAGAUGGAUCUAACGACAGAAAGAGGGGUGAAAUGUUUCCCAGCCCCUUCCAGCCCUCAGAGUCAGACUAUUGCCAGCUGACGGGGAUACAGAUUACUUAACCCUGCUGUAAAAAGCUGAGGAGAUGUACUUAUCAUGGACUGCCAUCUUCAACUUCUUGCUAAAUGUGUGACUGUGCAAACAAAGAGGCAGGUGUGAGAUAGUCACACAGAUAAUAAGCCUCUGUAUGCGUUCACUUUUCCACAGCCAAGUUAAAAAUAAUUCCAGUUUUAUGCCAACAUCUGAACUGUACAGUUUAUUCAAAGUUUAGGCAGAAUCUGAAAAGGCCACCCUGGUUUCUUCAGGCAAAAUGGAAUGAAAAGCAGAUGGAGAGAUGAAAAAAGAAAGAAAGACUGCAUAAAUAUUUGUGGCAUUUAACCAGGACUUUCCUCCUUCACAGGAACAAACCAUUGUCUAGUCCUGUAAUGUGUAGUCCUGAUCUACCGGCUUGACCACAGCAGCACAAAAGGCCCUUUAUGUAACGCUGGAUUUUAUGUCAUGACUACAAAUGUUUAUAAAAUAAAUCAAUUUUUUUGUGAUUUUAAA